GGCAUAUCAAAUGGAACUCUCUACAAAAAAACAUUUAUUGAGCACUUUGAACAGGCACCAAUGUAUGUUGCUGUUCUUACUUUCCUGGGUUUUGGAGUGGGAACAGUAUUUGGCUACCUGCGAGAUUUUAUGAGAGCCUGGGGACUAGAAAAACGUAACGUUGCUGCAGAGAGAGAACAACAAAAAGAUUUUGUGCCACUUUAUCAAGAUUUUGAGAACUUUUACACCAGAAACCUCUAUAUGAGAAUACGGGAUAACUGGAAUCGUCCAAUUUGCAGUGUCCCAGGGCCACAGUUUGACCUCAUGGAACGCGUUACAGAUGAUUACAACUGGACAUUUAGGUUUACAGGAAGGACUAUCAAGAAUGUAAUCAAUAUGGGUUCUUAUAACUACCUCGGCUUUGCAGAAACGGACGUUAAUGCUUUGAAAACUGUGACCGUAGAGUUACAAAAGUAUGGAACAGGGAUUUGCAGUACCAGACAGGAAAUGGGCACCCUAGACAAACAUGUAGAACUAGAGAAACUUGUGGCCAAGUUCCUUGGUGUGGAAGAUGCUAUGGUGUUUGGCAUGGGCUUUGCAACUAACUCGAUGAAUAUUCCAGCCCUUGUUGGGAAGGGCUGCCUCAUUUUAAGUGAUGAGUUGAACCACACUUCUCUCGUUCUUGGUGCAAGGCUUUCAGGUGCUACUAUUAGAAUCUUCAAGCAUAAUAAUAUGCAGAGCCUUGAGAAGUUGCUGAGGGAUGCAAUAAUAUAUGGGCAGCCUCGAAGCCGCAGAGCAUGGAGAAAAAUUAUCAUCCUCGUGGAGGGCAUUUACAGCAUGGAAGGGUCCAUCGUGCGCCUGCCAGAGAUAGUCCUCUUGAAGAAGAAAUACAAAGCCUACCUCUACUUGGACGAAGCUCACAGCAUCGGUGCGGUGGGCGCAACGGGCCGAGGGGUUGUGGAAUAUUUUGGUAUGAGUCCUGAUGAUGUUGACGUGCUAAUGGGAACAUUCACAAAGAGCUUUGGCGCAGCUGGAGGAUACAUAGCUGGCAAAAAGGACCUCGUGGACUUUUUACGAACUCAUUCUCACAGUGCUGUGUACGCCACGUCUAUGUGUCCACCCGUAGCAGAGCAAAUCAUCAGGGCAAUGAAAUGUCUCAUGGGACUAGACGGGACAACACAAGGGCUCCAAAGAGUGCGCCAGCUGGGGAAAAACACAAGAUACUUCAGACGAAGACUGCAUGAAAUGGGCUUCAUCAUUUAUGGCAAUGAUGAUUCUCCUGUUGUCCCCUUACUCCUUUUUAUGCCUGGUAAGAUAGGGGCUUUUGCAAGACGCAUGUUAAAAAAAAAUAUCGGGGUGGUUGUGGUUGGGUUUCCAGCUACUCCUAUCGCAGAAUCCAGAGCUCGGUUUUGUGUGUCAGCUGCACAUACACGGGAGAUGUUAGACACGGUUUUGAAUGCUCUGGAUGAAUUGGGUGAUUUUCUACAUCUGAAAUAUUCCCGGUAUUCCAAGUCAUCUCAUCCUGAACUGUAUGAAGAAACUAGACUUGAAUUUGAAGACUAAGUUUUCCACCCAUGAAGAGAACAUUAUGAUGCUAUGAAAGGGGGGAAAACCCGAAAACUAAAAAAAUACAAAUGCAUUUCUUCCCUUCUAAGGACAAUUUUUGUUUCUCAGUUAAUUGAAAGGAGGGGAAGCUCGGGUGUUGCAUUUUAUUGUAUCAAAUUUCUGUAUUCAAGAGACUGAAAUAUUGAUACAGAUUUGCCUCCCCAGGAGAUCUGUCUUUCUUACGGUAUUUUGAUGCAGAAUGAAUGCAUCCAUUGAUCGAGUUGCUAACGUACAGCUUUUGUUAUGGCCCCUUUUUAUGAAGAGGCUUCAGAUAGUCUUAAUUGUGACUGAAAUAAUAAAGUUUAAAAACUA